AAGGGCUCCUGGGCCGCGCCGCCGGCACCGGCUGUGGGGGGGUGGGCGGCUGGUUUCCCGGGCCUCCCCCUCAAAGGAAGACGUUCCGAUCCCCUUCUCUCCAAGUGGUUCCAGAUACUUUCCGAGUCCCCAAAAGUCCUUGUGACGCCCCGAAGUCUUAGCUCCCUAGAAAAGCCCGUUUCGGCCCUCCCCCAACCCCCCAGUCUGCCUUAAAAUCAGUUUCACCGAUCCUACAAAAAAAUUGCGGUUUCGUACUCAAAAAGUCAGUUUCACAUGGCCUCCCCCAAAAGAAAAAAGUUAGCGGGGGAGGGGGUGCCUGGGGGCAGCCGUUUCACACCUUGUCUCUAGUUGACAAACAAAGCGGGGAGUUCUCCGCCCCUGAAGUUGGGUCUCCCUCGGGCUCAGAACCCCCUCUUCCCGCAGCUUCCGCGGUGUCUCCGCGGCCACCCCCGCCCACAUCUGGGGACCCGGGGAGGAAGCCAGAGGGGUGUCUUGUCCGUCUACGGGACAACGGAGACCCGCUGCGCGCCCUUCUCGUGGGGUGGGGUGGGGUGGAGGGGGGGAUGGGUUCUGGCAGGUGGACCCCCCACCCCCGGUUCUAGAAUGGAACCCCUGGGACCAUGCAGAAGAUCCUGGUCUAGGAACCCGCUUUCCCCAGGGGCGGGAGGCAGGAGAUGUUUUCAAAGUUGCUUAAAAAUAAUUCCCGGAUACAUCAGGGUUGUUACAAGCUAGGGUUGUUUUUUGUGGGGGGAAGAGGUGGAGGGGAGCUUUGAGGUCCCGUUCUGCUCCCCCACCCCCACCCCCAUUUAGUCAUGAAGAGGGCAGAGGGCCUCGCCUUGAGGAUUUCUUUCUCUUUGAAUUUGGGGGUGACCGAGGCUUCAACGUGCUGUGACAGCUGCUUGGGAGGGGGUCAGCAAAUUUCCUCGGGGCGGGGUCUGAGUCGCCCCUCCCCUUCCCAGAGGCGGGGCCACGGUUAACUUGGGGGUGGUUGGAAUGGGAGAUGUGGCGGGAGAGGGGCCCAGUAAGUGGAGAAGGGACUACUCCCGCUCUGCUGCUAGUUUAAAAUUUGCGGCUUGAGUCCCUGGUGGUCGCAGAGGGAAUUAGGAAAUGUACAUUUGCUUCUCCCCCUCUCCCUCAUUGUUCAAACUCGGGGCUCUGGGCAGGGGUCUCUCCAGGGGCUGGAAUUCUGGCUGCCCUGUGCCACCCCCCAGGGUCAGGAAGGGACUCAGUCUAGGAGGACCCAGACCCUCAGGGGUUUAAGGGGCUUUUAAAACAGCUCCCCCAUUCCCAUCUGUCUACUUAGGCCACAGUCUCAAAAUUUUUUUUCCUCCUGUCCAUUUCUCCUUAUGUGUCUGUCCCUGCCCCUCCCUGCUUUCACCACCACCACCAUCCACCACCACGGGCUACCAAGCAGGGCCAUCUCUAGGACUGAGGUACCCACCUUGGCCCCUGAGCCCACCAUUGCAGCUGGAGGAUGAACCAGCCGCAGAGGAUGGCACCGGUGGGCACCGACAAAGAGCUCAGUGACCUCCUGGACUUCAGCAUGAUGUUUCCGCUGCCAGUGGCCAAUGGGAAAGGCCGGCCCACCUCCCUGGCUGGCACCCAGUUUGGAGGCUCAGGUCUGGAGGACCGGCCCAGCUCAGGCUCUUGGGGCACUGGCGACCAGAACAGCUCCUCCUUCGACCCCAGCCGGACCUACGGCGAAAGUGCCCACUUCAGUGAGUCCCAUGGCAGCCUCUCUUCAUCUACAUUCCUGGGAGCGGGACUUGGAGGCAAGGGUGGCGAGCGGAGCACAUACACUGCCUUCGGGAGAGAUGCAAGUGUUGGGGGCUUGACUCAGGCUGGCUUCCUGCCCAGUGAGCUGGCCCUCAGCAGCCCCGGGCCACUGUCCCCCUCAGGCGUCAAGAGUGGAUCCCAAUAUUACUCUUCCUACCCCAGCCAUGCUCGGCGGAGAGCUGCGGACAGCAGCCUUGAUACGCAGCCCAAGAAAGUCCGGAAGGUGCCGCCAGGUCUUCCAUCCUCGGUGUACCCACCCAGCUCAGGUGAUGACUACGGCAGGGAUACCACCCCCUACCCAUCUGCCAAGACCCCCAGCAGCACCUACCCCGCACCCUUCUACAUGGCAGAUGGCAGCCUGCACCCCUCAGCCGAACUCUGGAGCCCCCCAGGGCAGGCGGGUUUCGGGCCCAUGCUGGGUGGGAGCUCAUCUCCCCUGCCCCUCCCACCAGGUGGCGGCAGUUCUGUGGGCAGUGGUAGUGGCGGUGGGUUUGGCGGCCUGCACCAGCACGAGCGCAUGGGCUACCAACUGCACAGUGCGGAGGUGAAUGGUGGGCUCCCAGCUGUGUCCACUUUCUCAGCCCCCACAGCCACCUAUGGCAGCGUUGCCAGCCACACGCCUCCUGUCAGUGGGGCCGAAAGUCUCAUGGGCUCCCGAGGGACCACAGCUGGCAGUUCUGGGGACGCUGGGGGGAGCAAGGGUGGCUGGGCCAUCUACUCUCCGGAUCACUCAAGCAAUAACUUCUCGUCUAGCCCUUCGACCCCCGUGGGUUCCCCACAGGGCCUGGCAGGGUCGUCGCAGUGGCCCCGAGCAGGAGCCCCCGGUGCCUUAUCUCCCAACUAUGAUGGAGGUCUCCAUAGCCUGCAGAACAAGAUGGAAGACCACCUGGAUGAGGCCAUCCACGUGCUCCGUAGCCACGCCGUGGGUACCUCGGGUGACGUGCACGGGUUACUACCCAGCCAUGGAACACUGGCCUCAGGCUUUGCCGGCCCUAUCAUGCCACUGGGUGGGCGGCACACCAGCUUGGUUGGAGGCAGCCAUUCUGAGGAUGGCCUCUCGGGCAGUGGCAGCCUCAUGCACAACCAUGUGGCCCUCCCCAACCAGCCCAGCACCCUCCCCGACCUCUCUCGGCCACCUGACUCCUACAGUGGACUUGGUCACAGGGGCACCGCCUCAGGUACCAGUGAGAUCAAGCGGGAGGAGAAGGAGGAUGAGGAGAAUGUGUCGGUGGCUGACAACUCAGAGGAGGAGAAGAAGGAGCUGAAGGCCCCGAGGAUCCGGACCAGCCCGGAGGAGGACGAGGACGACCUUCUCCCCCCAGAGCAGAAGGCUGAGCGGGAGAAGGAGCGCCGGGUGGCCAAUAACGCACGAGAGCGGCUGCGGGUCCGAGACAUCAAUGAGGCCUUUAAGGAGCUGGGGCGCAUGUGCCAGCUGCACCUCAACAGUGAGAAGCCCCAGACCAAACUGCUCAUCCUGCACCAGGCCGUGUCAGUCAUCCUGAAUCUGGAGCAGCAGGUGCGAGAACGUAACCUCAACCCCAAAGCAGCGUGCUUGAAGCGACGAGAAGAGGAGAAGGUGUCAGGCGUGGUUGGAGACCCCCAGAUGGUGCUUUCAGCAGCCCACCCGGGCCUGAGUGAGGCCCACAACCCUGCUGGGCAUAUGUGAAAGGUACGCCUCCGUGGGAUAGUGACCUGACCUCAGUCUAACCUGGAAUGGUCACACAGCGUGCCGGGUCCAUCCUCAACGUGGGCUGGCCAGUCCACACCUCACAUACACCUGUGGUCAGCGUUGAGCCAACACCAGCCUAAGGAGGCUUCAAGUGAUGGAGGCCCUAGAGGUGACAGUGGGGUCCAGGAGCCUCCUGGGGACCCUGCUGUCCCCACCCCCAGGCCUCAGCUAUCCCCACAUGCUGGGACUUGCCUGAUGGAUCCUGAAAUUGCAUCUCAGCCUUGCUACACAAGCCCUGGCUGGAAGGAGCUUUCUUUUUUUCUUUUUUGGUAAAAACUGGAACACAAACAAGAAAUAUACACUUCAUCAGAAAAAAAAAAUGCCUUAAGUAUAAAACAUGGAGAAGUUAUAACAUAUCACUCGUUGGAGAGAGACGCUGUGAAACUGGCUUGUUCUUCAGAAGCCACCAGCAACUUGUGCCUAUGCCUGGUUUUUUUUUUUUAAGGAAAAUAAAAACGCUAGUUAUGAAAUUUUUUUUUUAAUGUAGAAGAAAAUUAGCAAGGAGGAUGCCUUUGGUUUUUUUUUUGCAUAUGUUUUGUAAGCAACAAAUGUUUUGUAUAAAAGUUUCGUGUCUCUUGUAUUUCUGCUGCUGUUUCUAGAACUGAGCAUUACAUUUCACGAUCAACCAGAUUAAAAGUUAUAUUUAAAAGACCCCCACUGUAAACCUAAGGUCCCCCUCCCGUCCCGGGAGCCCAGCCAUGGGCCACAGGGAGAGCAGGUAUAGGUGGGUCUCAUUUCUUUA